AUGGAGGAGGUGAUGGAGGAGGUGAUGGAGGAGGUGAUGGAGGAGGUGAUAGCGGAGGUGAUGGAGGAGGGCGGGGGACAGAGCUUCACGGAGUCGUGGCUGGAGGUGCAGUGGUUGGAGGUGCAGUGGUUGGAGGUGCAGUGGGAGGAGGUGCAGUGGUUGGAGGUGCAGUGGUUGGAGGUGCAGUGGUUGGAGGUGCAGUGGUUGGAGGUGCAGUGGUUGGAGGUGCAGUGGUUGGAGGUGCAGUGGGAGGAGGUGCAGUGGUUGGAGGUGCAGUGGUUGGAGGUGCAGUGGGAGGAGGUGCAGUGGUUGGAGGUGCAGUGGUUGGAGGUGCAGUGGUUGAAGGUACAGUGGUUGGAGGUGCAGUGGUUGGAGGUGCAGUGGUUGGAGGUGCAGUGGUUGGAGGUGCAGUGCGAGGAGGUGCAGUGGUUGGAGGUGCAGUGGUUGGAGGUGCAGUGGUUGGAGGUGCAGUGGGAGGAGGUGCAGUGGUUGGAGGUGCAGUGGUUGGAGGUGCAAUGGUUGGAGGUGCAGUGGGAGGAGGUGCAGUGGUUGGAGGUGCAGUGGUUGGAGGUGCAGUGCGAGGAGGUGCAGUGGUUGGAGGUGCAGUGGUUGGAGGUGCAGUGGUUGGAGGUGCAGUGGGAGGAGGUGCAGUGGUUGGAGGUGCAGUGGUUGGAGGUGCAGUGGGAGGAGGUGCAGUGGUUGGAGGUGCAGUGGGAGGAGGUGCAGUGGUUGGAGGUGCAGUGGGAGGAGGUGCAGUGGUUGGAGGUGCAGUGGUUGGAGGUGCAGUGGUUGGAGGUGCAGUGGGAGGAGGUGCAGUGGUUGGAGGUGCAGUGGUUGGAGGUGCAGUGGUUGGAGUGGGAGGAGGUGCAGUGGUUGGAGGUGCAGUGGUUGGAGGUGCAGUGGUUGGAGGUGCAGUGGGAGGAGGUGCAGUGGUUGGAGGUGCAGUGGUUGGAGGUGCAGUGGUUGGAGGUGCAGUGGUUGGAGGUGCAGUGGUUGGAGGUGCAGUGGGAGGAGGUGCAGUGGUUGGAGGUGCAGUGGUUGGAGGUGCAGUGGUUGGAGGUGCAGUGGUUGGAGGUGCAGUGGGAGGAGGUGCAGUGGUUGGAGGUGCAGUGGUUGGAGGUGCAGUGGUUGGAGGUGCAGUGGGAGGAGGUGCAGUGGUUGGAGGUGCAGUGGGAGGAGGUGCAGUGGUUGGAGGUGCAGUGGUUGGAGGUGCAGUGGUUGGAGGUGCAGUGGGAGGAGGUGCAGUGGUUGGAGGUGCAGUGGGAGGAGGUGCAGUGGUUGGAGGUGCAGUGGGAGGAGGUGCAGUGGUUGGAGGUGCAGUGGGAGGAGGUGCAGUGGUUGGAGGUGCAGUGGGAGGAGGUGCAGUGGUUGGAGGUGCAGUGGUUGGAGGUGCAGUGGGAGGAGGUGCAGUGGUUGGAGGUGCAGUGGUUGGAGGUGCAGUGGUUGGAGGUGCAGUGGGAGGAGGUGCAGUGGUUGGAGGUGCAGUGGUUGGAGGUGCAGUGGUUGGAGGUGCAGUGGUUGGAGGUGCAGUGGGAGGAGGUGCAGUGGUUGGAGGUGCAGUGGUUGGAGGUGCAGUGGUUGGAGGUGCAGUGGGAGGAGGUGCAGUGGGAGGAGGUGCAGUGGUUGGAGGUGCAGUGGGAGGAGGUGCAGUGGGAGGAGGUGCAGUGGGAGGAGGUGCAGUGGUUGGAGGUGCAGUGGGAGGAGGUGCAGUGGGAGGAGUGGGAGGAGGUGCAGUGGUUGGAGGUGCAGUGGUUGGAGGUGCAGUGGGAGGAGGUGCAGUGGUUGGAGGUGCAGUGGGAGGAGGUGCAGUGGUUGGAGGUGCAGUGGGAGGAGGUGCAGUGGUUGGAGGUGCAGUGGGAGGAGGUGCAGUGGUUGGAGGUGCAGUGGGAGGAGGUGCAGUGGGAGGAGGUGCAGUGGUUGGAGGUGCAGUGGUUGGAGGUGCAGUGGUUGGAGGUGCAGUGGGAGGAGGUGCAGUGGUUGGAGGUGCAGUGGGAGGAGGUGCAGUGGGAGGAGGUGCAGUGGUUGGAGGUGCAGUGGGAGGAGGUGCAGUGGGAGGAGGUGCAGUGGUUGGAGGUGCAGUGGGAGGAGGUGCAGUGGGAGGAGGUGCAGUGGUUGGAGGUGCAGUGGGAGGAGGUGCAGUGGGAGGAGGUGCAGUGGGAGGAGGUGCAGUGGUUGGAGGUGCAGUGGGAGGAGGUGCAGUGGUUGGAGGUGCAGUGGGAGGAGGUGCAGUGGUUGGAGGUGCAGUGGGAGGAGGUGCAGUGGUUGGAGGUGCAGUGGUUGGAGGUGCAGUGGGAGGAGGUGCAGUGGUUGGAGGUGCAGUGGGAGGAGGUGCAGUGGGAGGAGGUGCAGUGGUUGGAGGUGCAGUGGUUGGAGGUGCAGUGGGAGGAGGUGCAGUGGUUGGAGGUGCAGUGGGAGGAGGUGCAGUGGUUGGAGGUGCAGUGGGAGGAGGUGCAGUGGUUGGAGGUGCAGUGGGAGGAGGUGCAGUGGUUGGAGGUGCAGUGGGAGGAGGUGCAGUGGGAGGAGGUGCAGUGGUUGGAGGUGCAGUGGUUGGAGGUGCAGUGGUUGGAGGUGCAGUGGUUGGAGGUGCAGUGGGAGGAGGUGCAGUGGUUGGAGGUGCAGUGGGAGGAGGUGCAGUGGUUGGAGGUGCAGUGGGAGGAGGUGCAGUGGUUGGAGGUGCAGUGGGAGGAGGUGCAGUGGGAGGAGGUGCAGUGGUUGGAGGUGCAGUGGGAGGAGGUGCAGUGGGAGGAGGUGCAGUGGUUGGAGGUGCAGUGGGAGGAGGUGCAGUGGGAGGAGGUGCAGUGGUUGGAGGGUGCAGUGGGAGGAGGUGCAGUGGGAGGAGGUGCAGUGGGAGGAGGUGCAGUGGUUGGAGGUGCAGUGGGAGGAGGGGCAGUGGUUGGAGGUGCAGUGGGAGGAGGUGCAGUGGUUGGAGGUGCAGUGGGAGGAGGUGCAGUGGUUGGAGGUGCAGUGGGAGGAGGUGCAGUGGGAGGAGGUGCAGUGGUUGGAGGUGCAGUGGGAGGAGGUGCAGUGGUUGGUGUACAGGGAGAAGAGCAGGGGAGACGUCCCCAACACUUUGUUUGUUUUUACCUGGAUUGUGGUGAAUUUAUCAUGUAA